CUUAAUCCGUCCAAACCUAAGAAACACUCUGUCAUGUUCGGGGAUAUAUGUUAUCGAAAUUUGUCAAGAAAUUUUUAUUCUGGAUGUUUUCUAGAGUGAUUGUAAUUAUUUCUGGAUUGUUUUCGAGACCAAUUUCUGUCUCCAUGUUUAGGAAUCGUCUGCUAUCGUGAUCGCGUGCGAUAUGACGUAAACGUUUCCGGGUGUCUCAAUUGAAAAAGUGAGAUGACGGCCAAGAAAAAUCCAAGGAACUUAGGGCGAGGAAAACAUAAUCAAUAUUGUAAUUAGUUUAUUUAUACUCACCGCAACAAAAACCAGGGAUAAUGGCGAUGCUGAGAGGAAAUCCGGACACCCUGGACGACGAAAGGAGGGAGAUCUAUAGAGCUUGCAGAGAGGGCCAGGUGGAGGAGCUGAUCAGACUCGUGAGCGGGAACGCUAAUAUGGUGGUCAAGGAUGGUCAGAAACCUUUACAUAUCGUCGCACUAAGCGGAAGAGAAGACAUGGAAUCCAUAAUCAGUGCGCUGCUUAAAAUCGGAAGUGACGUUAACGCCACGACAACUACAGAUGAAGACACGGUCCUACAUUUAGUCAUUAAACACGCUGUUCUUCGGUUGGCCUUUCAGACUUGCCUGAUGAUUCUAGAGCAUAAUCCAGAUCUUGAUAUACGAAACAAGAACUUACGAACACCAUAUGAUAUAGCUAUGGCACAGGAAUACUUUGAAUUGGCUAAUGUAUUAGAUGGUUCGAUGACUGCCGAGGAGGCCCGAGACUACUACACAAAGUCCCUCGGAGAAUUAUACGGGGGACGGCUUAUAGACGCUGUAAUGAACAAUAAUGAAAAAGAGGCUUACGAUUGUGUUAAUCAGGGAGCAGAUUGUAACUGCCUAAAUAAACAUGGCGCUGGCGCUAUACACUACAUGUUUACCAAUCUUUACCAACAUCCCCCGUUAAACCUGCUCGGUCGAAUGGUGGAUGCCAAGGCAGAUGUCAAUCUCAGGGAUUACGAAGGGGAUACGGCCCUAAAUCUGGCAAUAAAGAAACCUAGUCUACGACAAGAUAAUCAAAUGUACAACGUAGUGGAUCAAUUACUAAAAUGGGGAGCGGAUCCAACUCACAGAGAUCUGGAUGGUAACGAUGCUCUAGCACUAGCAGAGAGUAGAAACUAUCUGGAUGUGGUAAAGUUACUGAAAAGACAGAAAACAGCCAGGAUGACGCCUCCCCCUCCAAUCACUGCCAUACCCACUCGACAGUCUCCUACUCCUUCCGAAUCCUCCACGCUGCCGCCUCUAUCUCCAACUAGAGCUCUCCGACCAUCGCCAACACCCAGGAGAAACCGGGGCCCCGAACGAAAUCACCAGUCUCCGGUAUCGUCUGACUCCUCCACACUGCCACGAGUUUCCCCUAAUAGACCUCUGCGACCAACUCCAUCUCCAUCACCAGAACAAAAUCAGAAUCUCCAGCCCGAACUUCCACGAGUUGCCCCUAAUAGAGUUCUGCGACCAACUCCAUCUCCAUCACCAGAACAAAAUCGGAAUCUCGAGCCCGAACAUCUACGAGUUUCCCCUAAUAGACCUCUGCGACCAACUCCAAUUCCAUUGCCAGAUCAAAAUCGGAAUCUUGAACCCGAACAUGAGGAAUCCAUCACUUCCGCUAUAGAGGAGGACAAUCCAGAUGACCUGGAUGAACUGUUGGCGGAUCCAGACGCCAACCUUAACAUUCCUAACUCGAUGGGGUUAUUUCCAUUACAUGUUGCAAUAUUGAGAAAUAACCCCGCCAGUAGGAACAAUAUGGUACAACGAAUACUAAACAAAGGCGCCGACAUAAACGUUAAAGCUAUGCCUAAUGAAGAUCAUAAUGAGGCUGGAAACACUCCUCUCCAUAUGUCAGUAGCCAGGGAUCAACUAGACACAGUCCGAAUCUUAUUGUCGUAUAAUCCAGCGAUAUCCCCAACUAAUGAUGAGGGUCAGACACCUUACAAUUUCGCUGAAGAGAAUGGUAACGCUGAAAUGAUGAGGCUUCUGAAGGACCAGGAACAACGUGUACAGCGGAGUAAGGACAAAUCCUCCACGUGUGUCAUCUUAUAACAGAGACAGUCUGCACCUGCGUGACCUUCUCUGUGAGGUCACAAUCGAUUUCCAUUAACAAAUCCUUUAAGUGUAACAUCUUAUGACAGAGGCAAUCUACACAUGUGUGACCUUCUUUGUGACGUCACAAUCAAUUCUUACCUCUUCGUUAUUUCCACAUGUGUUCUUUUAAAAACUCUUCCUAUUGUGAUGUACUCUUUAAGAUACAUGUUUCUUAAAUAUUUUCCUUUUUAACAGAAUGAGAUCUUUGGUUAGCACACCAUAUAUGUGUUUGUAUUUUACGUCUUGUUUAAUAUCUAAAAAUCUAAAUGUGUUGUUUUACACUUAUUGUUUAUGGCUUUUGGCACCACCAUUGUCUUGUCUAACGGUUGUACAAGUCCUGUAGAAAGGUUAUUUUGUCUUUCAAUUCUUCUAGUAUAUAAUUGAAUGUAUUCUUGUUAAACUAUUGAAAUGUCUGUGAUAUA